CAUCUCUUCAACCCGUACCACCACCAUCCCCGCCCCCUCCGCAUCUACCCUCGGAGGACCUUCAUAUCGACAGAUCCUUCCUGUCCAAAGCAUUUGCAAGCCUAUUACACCCCUGUUAGCAUUCAUAUUCCAAGAUGUCCGCCGCCAAAUCCUCGAGGACCGCCAAGUCGGCUGCUACCAAGAAGGGUGCGCCUCGUGCGCCCCCCACGCACCCUCCGUGGAUCGACAUGAUCAAGGAAUGCAUCAUCACACACAAGGAAGAUGCGCGCACCGGCGUGUCCCGUCACCAGAUCAAGAAAUUUGUUGAGGAUAAGUACGACAUCGAGAUAGGCAAUGCCCAGGUCACCCAGCUUAGCAAGGCCAUUACAUCGGGUGCUGAGAAGGAUAUCUUCUCGCUGCCCAAGGGCCCCUCCGGACGUGUUAAGCUCGCUCCCAAGGUUCAACGUCCUCCUGAGACGGCUGCUAAGGAGAACAAGCCGGUUGCUGCGAAGGCGCCCAAGGCUCCCGCUAAGGCGAAGGCCUCUACGACCAAAGAGAAGGCUGCUCCCGCGAAGAGCACGAAGGUCGCAAAGACUGCGAAGAAGCCUGUCAUCGCGAAGAAGCCGGCCGCCAAAGCUGCUCCCGCUACCAAGAGAGCAGCCCCGGCGAAGUCCAGGCCUGUCGCUACUUCGAAGUCUGCAGACACGAAGAAGGCAACCGCCACCAAGGCAAAGGCUGCUCCUGCUGCCAAGAAAGCUGAGGUCAAGAAGGCCCCUGCUAAGAAAGCCGCACCGGCUAAGAAGACUGUUGCUCCCAGCAAGCGGGAUAGUGCUAAGAAGGCUGUUACUGGUCGCGCGCCUGCGUCUAAGGCUAAGCCGGCUGCGAAGCCUGCUAGGAAGCCCCCUACUGCUAGGGGCACUACCACAAGCUCGCGGAGCGCACGAGCUGCGAAGAGGGCAUGAGCUGUCUUGCCACUGUCCCCUAUUCCUAUCCUCGAGUCGCAUCUGUGACAUACAUCUCUUAUAUCUUGUACGCCCCGUCCGUUUGUUUAUUCUUCAUUCGUACCUCUCCCAUAUAGUACCGUAAGAUGUAUGAUGUACACAUACGCGCUCCCGUUUUGUCCUAGUGGUAUACGGCCUGUCGAGACUGGUGUAGUCGAAGAGGCCUCUGAACCACAAUCCCUAGACAGUCGAGGAUGACCUCAUCUUAUAGCUACGUAUGUUUGUAUCGUGUUGUAAAUUAUGGAUCGGAGUCGGAAUCGUCAGAAUUUGUCGCCAUGU